CUCUCUUCCGCCGCCAGCCACAACUGCAGCGCCGAGGGCUACAUCUACCAGGACUCGGUCGCCAUGCCCUGGAAGGUGCUGCUGGUUCUGGUGCUGGCGCUCGUCACCCUGGCCACCACGCUCUCCAACGCCUUCGUGAUCGCCACGGUGUACCGGACGCGGAAGCUGCACACCCCGGCCAACUACCUGAUCGCCUCCCUGGCGGUCACCGACCUGCUCGUGUCCAUCCUGGUGAUGCCCGUGAGCACCCUGUACACCGUCACCGGCCGCUGGACGCUGGGCCAGGCGGUCUGCGACUUCUGGCUGUCGUCGGACAUCACCUGUUGCACCGCUUCCAUCCUGCACCUGUGCGUCAUCGCCCUGGACCGCUACUGGGCCAUCACCGACGCCGUGGAGUACUCGGCCAAAAGGACUCCCAAGAGGGCGGCGGGCAUGAUCGCGCUGGUGUGGGUCUUCUCCGUCUCCAUCUCGCUGCCCCCCUUCUUCUGGCGGCAGGCCAAGGCCGAGGAGGAGGUGUCGGACUGCGUGGUGAACACCGACCACGUCCUCUACACGGUCUACUCCACGGUGGGCGCGUUCUACUUUCCCACCCUGCUCCUGAUCGCCCUCUACGGCCGCAUCUACGUGGAGGCCCGCUCGCGGAUCUUGAAGCAGACGCCCAGCAGGACCGGCAAGCGCCUCACGCGCGCCCAGCUCGUCACCGACUCCCCCGGGUCCUCGUCCUCCGUCGCCUCUCUCAACUCGCGCGCUCCCGACGCGCCCAGCGAGUCCGGCUCCCCGGUGUGCGUGAACCAAGUCAAGGUGCGGGUCUCCGACGCCCUCCUGGAGAAGAAGAAGCUCAUGGCCGCCAGGGAGCGCAAAGCCACCAAGACCCUGGGCAUCAUUCUGGGGGCCUUCAUCGUGUGCUGGCUGCCCUUCUUCAUCAUCUCCCUGGUGAUGCCCAUCUGCCAGGACGCCUGCUGGUUCCACCUGGCCAUCUUCGACUUCUUCACGUGGCUGGGCUAUCUCAACUCCCUCAUCAACCCCAUCAUCUACACCAUGUCCAACGAGGACUUCAAGCAAGCGUUCCACAAACUCGUCCGCUUUCGGUGCGCGCGCUGACUCGCCCGCCGCGGCGGGG